GGCAAGAAGGGUUUGUGUGACUGCAGUAGCGUGCUGUCAUUGGUGAUGAGGCUGCUUUUAUGUGUUGUGCUGAUAUGGCUGCUUUUUGGAGCGCUAGAAGCAAGUAUAAGAACUUCCGCUUAUGGAUUUGAAAAUUCUGAUGCCAGGAGGCCUGAGCUUCAUUCUGAGGCUGUGUCCAAUGUACUACACUACCAGCCGGCCCCCAGAUCCCAGCCCCACAUGGUGGGUCACUAUCAGCCAGCCCCCAGGUCCCGGCCCGACCACGUGGACAGCUUCCAGCCGGCACCCAGGUCCCAGCCCAAUCAGGUUGGUCAUUACCGGCCGGCCCCCAGGUCCCGGCCUGACCAUGUGGGCAGCUACCAGCCGGCCCCUAGGUCCCAGCCCAAUAAGGUUGGUCACUACCGGCCGUCCCCCAGGUCCUGGCCCGACCAUGUGGGUGGCUACCAGCCAGCCCCCAGGUCCCAACUCAAGCAGGUGAGCAGCUACCAGGCGGCCCCCAGGUCCCGGCCCGACCACGUGGAUAGCUACCAGCCGGCACCCAGGUCCCAGCCCAAUCAGGUUGGUCACUACCGGCCGUCCCCCAGGUCCCGGCCCGACCAUCUGGGUGGCUACAAGCCAGCCCCCAGGUCCCAACUCAAGCAGGUGAGCAGCUACCAGCCGGCCCCCAGGUCCCAGCCCAGUCAGGUGGGUCACUACCGGCCGUCCCCCAGGUCCCAGCCCAAUCAGGUGGGUCACUACCAGCCAGUCCCCAGGUCCCAGCCCAAUCCGGUUGGUCACUACCAGCCGGCCCCCAGGUCCCGGCUCGACCACAAGGGCAGCUACCAGCCAGACCUCAGGUCUCAGACCCAAAAUGUGGGUCGCUACCAGCAGAUCAGAAACCUACCAACUUUAAUCAGGUCAAUGCAUCCUGGAUACCAGUUCAGCGAGAAAAGCCCUUCUUUCAUUCCUAAGGGUAAAUUUGGCCCUUAAAUAAUUGCAUUGGCUAAAAGGAGACAAAGAAGAAUUCCAGAAAAUUCUUCUUGACAAGCAACACCAAACCCAGACAUUUUGGAAAAUAAAAGCUAAUACAUUAAUUUACAGAAGCUUCAUUUUUUUUAAAGCUUUUCUGAUACUGAUUAAAGGCACUGUUUAGAAA